CUCGAGAUAGCCGUCAAGAUGGACAAAAAGUCCUUUGAAACGGUGCUGGAUGAAAUUAGAAAGGCUGUUUUGACAGAGUACAAAUUAAAAGCAAUUGAAUAUGUGCACGGAUACUUCUCUAGUGAACAGGUAGUUGAUCUGCUGAGGUAUUUCUCCUGGGCUGAGCCCCAGUUGAAGGCAAUGAAAGCAUUACAACAUAAAAUGGUGGCUGUUCAUCCAGCAGAAGUGGUCAAUAUUCUCAACUGCUUCACCUUCAGUAAAGACAAACUUGUUGCUCUUGAGCUGUUGGCUUCAAACAUUGUGGAUGCACAGAAUUCUCGUCCCAUUGAAGAUUUAUUCCGGAUAAACAUGUCUGAGAAGAAGCGGUGUAAGAGAGUUCUUGAGCAGGCUUUCAAGGGAGGCUGCAAAGCUCCUCAUGCUAUGAUAUCUUCAUGUGGAACAAUUCCAGGAAACCCAUAUCCCAAAGGAAGACCUAGUCGUAUAAAUGGAAUUUUCCCAGGAACCCCCUUGAAAAAGGAUGGUGAAGAAUGUACCAAUGAAGGCAAAGGAAUAGCUGCACGAAUUCUCGGACCAUCCAAGCCACCGCCUUCGACGUACAACCCACACAAACCUGUUCCUUACCCAAUACCUCCAUGCCGGCCACAUGCAACUAUUGCACCAAGUGCUUAUAACAAUGCAGGUCUGGUUCCUCUAGCCAAUGUCAUAGCUCCAGGUGUCCCUCCUCCACCGCCAUACACUCCUAAUCCAGUGGGAACAGAAAAUGAAGACCUUUCCAGUCAGUCAAAAUCUACACAGAAUCAAACAUUUCCCACCCCCGCAAGUCAGCUCUUCUCUCCGCAUGGUUCUAACCCUUCCACGCCCGCCGCGACUCCUGCCCCAACGGCCUCUCCAGGGAAGACGCCGAGCCACCCGGUGCCCGUGACGGUCCCCGCGGCUGGGAUGAGCCUGGCCGGCGCGGUCCUGCCCGUGUUCCCGGGCCAGGUCUCCUCGGCGCUGCCCGCCACGCCCGUGACCUCGGCGCCGCCCGCACAGCCUCCCAUGGCGGCCCCCGCGCCCUCCUCCUCCUCCGCACACAGCGCCCACCCGGCCAGCGCCGACCUGCACCUGCGCGCCGCCCCUGCUGUGUCCAUGCCCGCCGUCAUGGUCAAGACCGAGCCCACGAGCCCCACGCCAUCGGCCUUCAAGGGCCCUUCGCACCCCGCGCCGCCUGCGGGCGCCCUCGGCCUGCCCGCGACGCUGGGCCGCGCCUACACGUCCACCUGCCUCAACCCCGCGCUGGCCGGGCUCCCCAGCCUCAGCGCGCCCCUCAACGGCUCCAACCCGCUGCCCUCCAUCUCCCUGCCGCCCCACGGCUUCACGGCGCUGCCGCCCUUCACGUCCCUCACCAGCAGCUUCCCGCUCGCCGGAAGUCCCGCCGUCUCACUUCCGGGCUCGCUCCUCGCCACUUCCUCCUCGGCGCCGGCCACGUGCUCGGCGCUGCCACACGCCAGCUCCUCGAACGGGGGCCUGUCGGGGCUGCCCGCUUCCGCGCCCGCCUCGGCCGCCGCCUUCCCCCUCAGCCUGCCGCCCGCCGUCCCCUCGCUCUUCUCGGUCACCCAGGGCCCCCUGCCGGCCUCGAACCCCACCUACCCCGGCUUCUCGGCCUCCAAUGCUGCCGGCGGCGCCCCGGCGCUGCCCUCCUUCCCGGGGCUGCAGGCACCCUCCACGGUGGCCUCGGUGACAGCGCUGCCCGGGGCCGCCACCGCCCCGUCCCCGGCCCCCGUGCUCCCGGGCUUCGCGUCCGCCUUCAGCUCCAACUUCAACUCCGCGCUGGUGGCUCAGGCCGGCCUGUCAUCGGGACUUCAGGCGGCAGGCGGCUCCGUGUUUCCAGGCCUUCUGUCUCUCCCCGGUAUUCCCGGCUUUUCCCAGAACCCUUCCCAGUCCUCCUUGCAGGAACUGCAGCAUAACGCAGCUGCACAGUCCGCACUCUUACAGCAGGUCCAUUCCGCGUCAGCUCUGGAAAGCUACCCAGCUCAGCCGGAUGGGUUUCCUAGUUACCCCUCCACGCCAGGAACUCCAUUCUCUUUGCAACCAGGUCUCUCCCAAAGUGGGUGGCAAUAA